AUGAGCGCGGCACUCCAAUCCACUGGUAUGCCAAGCUUACCCAAGGGAGCGCCUGUCAAGGUCAAUCAGUUUGUCCAAGACCAGGUUCCUGAUGCUAUGCGUGGCCGGCUCUCGAAUCUAUCGGGCAUGCAUAGCAGUGGUCCUUCUGGCACCAUGCUACAUGGUGACGAAGGCUCUUCUAUAUAUACAGGGGAUGAAUACACUGGCUCAUCUUACAGCUACGAUGACGAGACGCCCUACUCUGACGAAUACGACGAUGAGACGCCGUAUUCUGACCAGUACGAUGACGAGACGGGGUACUCUGGGCUGUAUGAUGAUGAAACUGGCCAGUCUGAGCUAUAUGGUGACGAGACCGGUUAUGAAGAUGAGACCGGCCAGUCGGAGUUGUAUGAUGAUGAAUACGACCGCGAAACUGGUUAUGGUGACGAAACGGGCGCGUCUGAACUGUACGAUGACGAGACGGGCUACGAGGACGAGACGGGUCAAUCUGGUCUGUACGAUGACGAGACUGGCUAUGACGAUGAGACUGUCCGAUCUGGUCUGUACGAUGACGAGACGGGCUACGAGGACGAGACGGGUCAAUCUGGUCUGUACGAUGACGAGACUGGCUAUGACGAUGAGACUGUCCGAUCUGGUCUGUACGAGGACGAGACGGGUCAAUCUGGUCUGUACGAUGACGAGACGGGCUAUGACGAUGAGACUGUCCGCUCUGGUCUGUACGAUGACGAGACGGGUCAAUCUGGUCUGUACGAUGAUGAGACGGGCUACGACGACGACACCGGCUAUAAUGAGGAGGUAAGCGGUGCUGGCAUGUACGACGAUGAAACCGGCUACGAUGAUGAGACCGGUUACGACGACGACACUGGCUACAACGAAGAGGUGGGUGGUGCUGGCGCGCAUGGCCAUGAAGACAGUCUGUACACGGACGAAGAUGGGCCAGCCUCGUACGACAACGAAGACGAGUUUGAUGAUGCGUCGACUGUAGCCGAUCCGCAUGGACCCACGGCGGAUGCUCACAACGACUUGGAGGAAGCCGUAUCGAACGAGCCAGAUGCAUCCACGCCCACAGGCCACCGGUCAAUGGCGGACAACCUGCCUGCUGUUGGUGCCGCUGCCGUCGGUGCUGGCGCUGCAGGAGCCGCAGGCGCCGCCGCAGCGUCCAAAGGCGGUUUUUUGCGCAAUUUGCGUAAGAGCAAAGCAGAACCUGCUCCUCCCGCCGUGCCUGUAAGUGGUGCCAACAGAAACGUGUCCAAUGUGAUGCCAGCCUCUGCACCUCCGCCUGCCGCGGUACCUGUGGCUUCUUCCACGCCUGCUGCCUCUGCACCGGGACCGGCCGCUGCGCCUGCGCAGGCGCCCGCGCCCACAGCCGGUCGCAAGGGCUUCUUCAGCCGCUUCGCGAAGAUGAAGAAGGGCAAGAGCGCUGCGCCCGAGGCCCCGCCAUCGCCGCUUACCAUGUCGCAGCGCCUGGAAACGGUGCGUGGUCUCCGCAGCCAAGCGGAUACCGCUGUGAGUGGCGCUACCGUGCUGGCCGCGAGCGAAGAGCCAGCGCAGCGACCUGGUGCGCCUAGUGGCUCUGUGGCCCCCCCGGAUGCGGAGCCUUCGAUGCCGAACAAGAAUGCGCAGCCCACCGCAGGCGCUCGUCCUGAGGCGCUGAAGAGGGAGGAAAGCAAGGCGAGCGAGACUGCGGCCAAGCCACCUGCGCGAGCGACCAGCCCCCCUGUGACUCGCUCUGUACCGGCGUCAGCGCCCAAGCGCUCUAGCACGAAACCUGUGCCCGCCCCGGUGCCCGUUGUGGAUCAUGAUAGCUACUUGUCAACCACCGACUAUGAUGACGAGAGCUACUUGGACGACGACGACGUGAGUCAGUGGGAGAGCAGUGCUGUAACGGACGAGCCCAUUGGCCGUCGGCAGCCUCUCUCGCCGCCUCCACGCAAGGGUCUGGGCCGUGGCGCCCCGCCUCGCAGAGCGAGUGGUGUGACGCCUGUGCGUGCGCCUGCGCCUGCGCCUGCGCCUGCGCAACGCGCUGUGUCGGACUUUACGGCGUCAGAGGUGGAUACUCACGACGAUCUGCUGACGGAAAGCGAUCGUACGGAAUUGUACACGCGUGAGCGUGCGCCCAAGGAGACGGAUGGCGUGCUCCUGCGCAACGAGCCCAGCAGUCAUACACCACGUUUGGUCGAUCCCUUCGCGGAGGGUCAUGCGCUGGAUCGCUUUGCUCGUGAUAUUCGUCGUCCGGAGAGCAUUGAGCCGAGCUUGUUCGAUGGCGAGGCUGCCUCAGCAUCGGCUUUGCCGUCCAGUCCCUUGAUGCCACGCUCGGGGCCUCUGAGCAGCCAACAGCAUGGAUCGGAAGACGUAGAGUCGCUGCUUGAAAGCCCCCCCGUCCCACUCAAGCGUGGCGGGAAGCAUACACCGAGUGCCUCGAUCGGCACGUCGAGUGAAUUUUACUCUGUGUCUGGUGCCUCGCCUUCCGAGUCGGAGGAGCCUAUUCCAUCUCGUCGCACUCGUUCGCGGCAGUCGAAGCGCGAUACGAACACAACCACGAGUCCUGUACCGCCCUCGAUGGCGGCUGUGCCAGCAACGCUGGCUGCAGCAGCUGCCGCGGAUCGUGCCCACCGUCCCAAAACAGCAGGUCUUCCUACGCGUGGACCACGCGCCGCGCCGCCUGCAGCACUGCGUCAGCCCCCGCGGGAGAGCACGCGUCACGCUUCCGGUCUCAACGCCUUCCGCGACUUGGAGCACCGCAUGCCCCACUCGCGCUCGCGCGCCAAGCCACGCGCGAAACGCGUGUCUCGCAAUACGCAAAAGUACCUGCUCACGCCGUCCGAGGCGCCCACCGAUACGGAAGGUGAUGACUUGCUGGUACAGACACACAAGUCGGCGGAGGCCAAGCAGGCUGCUGAAGCGAAGAAAUCAUGGCUCAUGCGUGAAAUGACGCCGGAGCAAACGCACUACUUCUUGCGUGAGAUGGUCAGCAAGGAGCUGCAAUGGGAAAUGGACCGCAUGUUCCUUCUUACAUCGUUUGACAAGCCUGUGGGACGCUCUGUCAGCCGUCAAGGCCAUGGUCUCAACCAGGGCCGCCGUCGUCCUAUCAAGUCCGAUGCUGACUCGCGCGCGGGCGACUUUCCCGACGACGAGGAGGCCAGUGUCGCGGAUGCCGACUUGAGCGACGACGAAGACGUGUUCCGUCGCGACGUGUACGACCCGAAGCCUGUGCAAGUGGACCUGCCCCUGCUGCGCUUCCUGCUGCGCAAUGCAUUCUGCACGUUCCCCUUGUUUGUCCCGCCCUCGCCGCAAGCGGUCCACCAAGCUGCCGCGAAGGCUGCGAAGCAAGGCCGUGCACCGCCGCCGCCGCCGCCGAACAAGGCUGCCCUGGCUCGCUCCUACUUUUUCAAGGCGAUUAUGCCCAUCGCACGUGAGCUGCAAGCGCGCUCUCUGAGUGCCGCUGUGGACCGCAACGGCGAGGGCGAUGGUAUGCCGUUCAUGGCUCUCUCGACGGGAUCAGCGUUAUCGCAGCUUUUACGCAAGUGGGCGACGCGCUACAUAACGGCGGUGCUUAGGGUGGGUCCUGGUAGUCCCUACUUUGGGGCAGAGCCUGUCCACAACCGACCGUUCGGCUGGCCGAAUGCGGAUCUGCUUCCACCUGAAGCAUUUGUGAGCUACCGACGCCCUACCGACCGUCUGCGUGCCGGCGGCUUUGAGGUGGAUAUUGUGGCAGUGCGUGAGCACGCACACCACAGCCGCGACUUUUUGUUGCGUAUUCGCCGGCCCAACCGGAUGGACGAAUUUGUCGUGCGUAACGAUCGCGACUGGGACGAAUUCCGAGCGAAGCUGGCCCAGGAGCUGGGUCCUUACGUCCACGUUCGUCCGCUGCCGCGCUUGCCCGGCCGCAUGCCACCCUCGCCGCCUAGCAAGUCUGCGUCGACGUUGAUGUCGCCCUCUACAGCCACGGACACACGCACGUCGGAUGUGUCGUCGACUAUCACUGGCACGACGUCGUACGAUGAAACUUCGUCGUCGUACAUGACAUACGAUGACGAGACGUCGUACGAGGAUGAUGAGACGUCGUACUAUGACGAUGAUACGUCGACGAUCGACGGUCGCAAGGAGCCAUCGCGUCCGCCUCCUGGCAUGACGGCGGCUGACAUUCUCACGCCGCUGUAUGCGCAGCGUGCGCGUCCCAUGCCGCGUUUCGAGGUGGACCGUCGUCUGUUGCGCUCCUGGCUGCGUGAUACGCUGGCGAUCCGCAGCAUUGGUGAGAGCAGCGAAGUGCGUGCAUUCCUUAGUAUCGGAUGCUUCCACGAUCGUGAGCUCGAUACAAAUGAGCUUCUAAACAUUGCGGACCGUCGUCGUGUGGACUGCCGCCGUAUUGAGGAGCGUGAGAUGGAUGCACAGAUGGCCGGUGAGAAUGUGCUGAGCAUUCGCCGCGUCCAACAGCGUAUUUGGGCAGACUGUGUGGAUGGUGAUGGUUUCUUGAAGAUGUACGAUGCUCUGAAGGCGACACCCAACUACAAGGACCUUCCCACGUCGUACCAGACGAUGGUGUCAUGGGGCAACUUGCAGGUCGCACGCUUCCUCUACGGCGUGUUUAUCCAGGGCGACAUGUCGCGCGGCAACCUCAUCCGCAUUCGCGACCUGAUCGAUGCCGUGCCGUGGCGUCGUCUGGCCAACGCGAUGCGUUUGCCUGCCCUUCAGGCUGUGGCCGAGUGGCAGAAGCAGUUCCUGCGCAACCGUUUCUUCCAGGCCAUCUUCCAGAUCGUCUACGAAGACAAUCCUGUGGCCCAGGACGAAGAGUUGCGCUCGCUGCAGCAAGUGAUCGGUUCUGACACUAUGCUGCGCAAGCUUCGUGCGUUUGUGGAGAGCCCAGAGGAUACCAAGCGUUUGGUCCGCCAGCAUGCCUUGCGUGCGGACAUUCCCCUAGUCGCUGCGAUUGUCCGUGGCUCCGAUGCGCCAAAACUGAGCAAGGCGGAUGUGCAGCGUGUGAUUCUGGCCUCGCGUGAGUACCAUGAGUUCAUGCAGACCCACCCGACGGCGGCUCGCAAGCGUGCCAACCAGAGCGAAGGGUACAUGCUGAUUGUCAACCUCCAGCGUGUUCUUCGCAUCUACUCGCUGCAUCGAGAUGUGACGCAGAUCCGCGGCAUGCUGCAAGACCCGACCAUUCUGGAUGCAUUGACAGUGUUCUUUGAGCCAUUGCUGGAAGCCCUGGUCCGCUUGCACCGCGUCAAGGGCAUCCGUGAGGACAUUAUGCACUUGCACGUAUUCCUGAUGCGCCUCUUUGAUAUGCUUGAAAGUGUUCGUGCUCGUGUCCAAGAUCCUGCUCGCUCGAUCAACAUGAUCGCCUCGUUCUUGGACCGCGGUGCGCCCGGCUGGUACAACUUCUUGCACCGCUGGUCGCAAGUGGACCCUGUCGUGUUCAGCACGUUUGCUUGGCUGCGUCACCUGGCCAUGACCGUUGGCGCUGGCUCGGAGGACCUGGCAAGCAUUUGGGAGCCGCCCGUGCAUGCCAUGCAGCAUGACAAGGACGACAUGGACCAUGUCACGGCAGCGCUGCAGUCGGCCAACUUGGAACGCCUGAACGCGAAUACGACGGCCAAGAUGCCGACCAUGCACUUGGACGACGCGAUGAUGGCCGAGAUUCAGGAGCUGACGGAUGCCGCACGUCGGAAGCGUGGCCGCCAAAUGGAGAUUGGCUGCCGUUGGGCUGCUGGCGAUACCGAAGCGGACUUUAGCAUCCAAGUGUUCGGCGACGGCGAAGGGCAUAUGCGCAGCGAGCCCUUCCUUCCGAAGGAGCCAAAGCCUGCGCCAAAGACGACCUAUAUUGACAGCCUCUUGCGCAGCUUCCGCGAGGCUGUAUCCAGCGCGCUCGCUCGCUAA